AGAGUUCUUUGAUGACGAACCACUGUACUGUCACUGUCAUAAACUUACUGUGUUCAUUGUAGUUGAGAGUUCGGAACGAAGGGAAGUCAAACUUUUACCAAUACCAUCCUUAAAUAAAAAGUGAUCGAAAAGGCAGUCUAGGAAUGAAGCGACUUCGAGUCUUCGUGAUGUUAAUACUAGCGGUGAUACUGUGGAUGUUUGCCGGCGUUGUGAACUCACAAACCACUGGUGGAACCGCCACACCGAUUACCACCACCACACCGUACCCCGAAAUCAUAAUUGAUGGUUGUCCACCAGUGAUUGAGCCUGCGUAUACCAGAUAUACCUGGCAACCAGUUGAUGUUUAUUGGAAUGCGCCCUCUGCAGGACAGCUCACGCCAGUCACCGACACACCCCAAGGGAACCGUUUUAGUUUAGGAGUUACAGAAGUCACUUACAUCUUCACCGAUCCUGGUGGAAAUUCAGCUGAGUGUGUGUUCAAUGUGACUGUGCUUCUUCAGUGUCCGUCAUCCACCGAUCAUCCUUGUGAGAAUGGUGUGUGUGUGCCCACCUCAACUAUGUGUGAUGGUUUUAAUGACUGCGGAGAUGGUCGGUUUGGAUCAGAUGAACAGAAUGGAGAAUGUGAACUUAAUCAAGCAUGUAGAUCUGCAGAACAGUUGCUUUAUGGAGCCUGCGUUCAGCAAUCACAGUGGAUAAAUGCAAGAGAAGCUGUCAGGCAAGUUGUGAAGGGGCAAGAAAAUACUGUCUUCAAAUUCACGGCUCCGUCCAGCGCAACAGAAUUAACACGUCUUCACACGGUCCGCAUCAAUGUGACCGACAUUAUUGAUCUAGAACGGAAGGAAAUACCGUCACCCACCGUCUUUCUCAAUAUUUCAUCCUCGUCCUAUUCUACAACAGCGAGAGCCCAGGUUUCAGGACAACUUGGCACCGGUCUCUUGGAGAUUGAGAUACGCCUGGCGUUGCCUGUCCAACCCAACGAAGAGAUCCUAGUCUCCAUGGAAUUUGACGACAAUAUUUUGGCGGGCAGACCCCCCUUCCCUGCAGAGAGCACUAACAUAACCAGUGUUUCGGUCAGGUAUGCCACCUUCAAGCCUGGAUGUGACAACAGCGACUGUCUGGAUGCGUUUGUCGCUUGGAAGGCUGUUGUCCAGUCAGCUACCAGCGGACCGGGACCGAGGGUGUGUGUCAUUCCUGAAAGUGCUGCGUUCAUACAGAGCAUCUACGAUUCUUGCUUGGACCUGCCAGAGUUUGAAUUUGUCAGUCCGAGUGUGUCAGCACCAGUAGAAUCUCAGGUGAUUCUUAAGUGCAUCGGGCGGGGUGUUGUUCCACCGCUGGUUGAGUGGUAUGAAGAUGGCAAUGCGGUGGCAUCUGGAUAUGGUGCUGCAGCUUUUGAAGUGUCUGUUGGAGAAACGCGAAGUUUCCAGUGUGUCCUUGACAACAGUAUCUGGUAUGGAGAGACUGUGACCGUGUCGGUAUGGAGUGAGGAAUGCCAGAGCCUCGAUCAGGAUGUCCAAGACGUAUUCCAGCUUAGCAAUCCCUGUUUCAACGAUCAGAUGCUGACGUUGCUUAACGAUGGCCAGUCCCGAGAAGUUAGCUUUAGUUAUUUUACAACGGAGCCUAUAGUGGCAUACAGACUCUUUGUACCUGUACUGGCCUUUGUGGGUUACGUUGAACCUGAUUACGGCAGUGAUGCGCCAAACUCCGGCCAGACACCUGUUUUGCUGCCAGUUCGGCUGACCAUGACACUACUUAAUCUCUCGCGAAAGCGUAGAGACGUUAACAGUGACGAGAUAUAUACCAGAGAGUACAGGAACCUUUAUGUACCGGUGUUAGCAUCUGAGAAAGUAAGGUUUGUCUUGGACCCGCCGGUUUCCAUCAGUGCCUCCAGAACACUUUUCGUCAGCGUGACGGUUUUAGAGGGCCAGGGUGGGUUUGUUGAGAGACCACCUGUUGGACCAGCUCAAUUGGCUGCGUUGAGUUGCACACAGAGCAACGACUCUACCUGCGACAACUUACUGGAUGACUGGUCUCAGAAACAGCAGAAUCUCGAAGCAGCGGGAUGCAGAACUGAGCGGAGUCUAGAGUUGAUGGCGUAUCAGAUUUGCCAAGGGGCAUCCGCAGCUGAGCCAGUGGUAAUUACUCAUCCAAAGUCUGUAGACGUCACAUUGUUGCGAGUCAUCGACAGUCCACCAGUAGGAACGGCCGUUAUGACCUGUUACAUAGAGAACGCCGUGGAAUACGAAUGGUACAAGGUUGCCCCCGUUCCGGCUCGGAAACUCGUCAAGAGUGGGAGCACGCUUUCCUUCACGAUUGGACAGUCUAAUCCUGGUGACCAAGGCUCAUACGUGUGUGUCGGGAAAGGCGGUGCCCCGUACAACAGCACGGUAGAAACUCGGCCUGCUACUCUCACUGUUGAUGGUUUUUCAGUGUUCAAAGUGACUGCCAGGUUCGUGGGUUUGACGUACACAGGAAAUCUGAGUGAUUCAAACAGCCAGGAAUACAUGAGCCUUAGUGGGGAUGUCCGAAAUCGGUUCGCCAUACUGACCGAUUCUGUCCCAGCAAGUGGGUAUGGCUUCGACAUUGUCGGCUUCAGUCCUGGUAGCGUCAUCGCUGAUGUCAUCGUAUACGUCGGUCAGCCUUUCAGCCCUGGCAUGCUGGACAGUGAACUAGCAGAGGAAAUUGCAACAGCUCUCAAUACUCCUCUGCCAGAGUCACUAGAAGUUGAAGUCGUUGAAGUCGUGAGCUUAGUCACCUGUUUUGGUGAGGAAGUUGACGGUCUGAGGUUCCCCCAGGCUAAAGUUGGACAGACUGUCCACUCAGUGGAACGUUGCCCAGAGAUAACAGCCAAGGCCGGUAUGCCACGGGGUACCAGGGAUUGUGCCGGUAACAUACUGUCUGAAGCAAUAUGGCUAGGCCCUGUUCUACUGGAUUGCUUGGAUGGUGAAAAUGCCAAUGCUCUACUUGAGGAAUUGUCCCAAGUUAACGUAACGAGUGAGAAUGUUCCAGAGAUUGCUGAUCAGACAGUCGUACUGACGUCUAAUCACUCACAGAUCGAUGCCUCAGGAAUCAUGGCUACUGCCGAUAUCCUGGAGAAGAUUGUAAAUGUUGGCACCCCAUCUACUGAGGUCGCUCUUGAUGUUGUGAGGGUCGUCAACAACAUUCUUCAAGUCGAUGACGAGACGUACGAGGAUCUUGGCGAGGACCCUUCCCCCUCUCGCAUCAUUCUGGCCCUAGAGGGCUACAUCACGGAGCUCCAGACCAGCAACGCCACAGGCAAUCUGACCGCAGUGCACAGCGAUAUCGCUGUCGUGGCGAUCGUCGUACCCCAGGACUCCCUCCAGAUCGGUCUAGGGUUUGCUGCCGUGCCCCAGGGCUCCGGUCAGGAGGGGGAUUCCCCCUUGACUGAGGAUGAUGUCAUGGUGUACUUUGAGCCAGAGAGAAUCCCUAUCCCAGACGUCAAAGCCUCCAUCACGCUGCCCCCAGAGAUUCUGGACUUUGUCUCCCCAGGUGAUACUGUCCCCAUCAGUUUUUUCUUCUACCGGAGCAGUAAGCUCUAUCGUUCACCCAAACUGCGUGCCGCGGCCAGGCCCGUGGACAAUUUUAGCCGUGCUGUAGGUAGUUACAUCAUUGCUGCUACCGUGGAGGGAGUCAGGGUGCAGGACCUGCCCAUGGAGGCACCAGUCUCCAGCGCAUUCCUUCCUGUUAAUGUGGGUGGCCCUGAAGACACAGUUAAUGGAUCGCAGUGCGUCUUCUGGGAUUUCAGCUUAAACGACAACUUUGGUGAUUGGUCGACGGAAGGUUGCAGCAAGGUCACCGUGAAUAACACGCGGACCGUGUGUCACUGUGAUCACCUGACUAGCUUCGCCGUGAUCGUGGAUAUCUAUGGCAACCAAGAUAACAUUGUUCUGAGCAUCAUCAGUAAGAUCGGCUGUGCAGUCUCGCUAGUGGCUCUGGUUAUUACCAUCAUCACGUAUGUCGCUCUCAAGAAACUUCGCAGCAAGCGUCCACAGCAGAUCCUGCUCCAUUUCUGCUUUGCCCUGGCUGGUCUGUACCUAGCCUUCUUGGCCGGCAUCGAGGCCACCGCAUCGGGAGUUGGUUGCAUCAUCGUGGCCGUCCUAAUCCACUACUUCACCUUGGCAUCUGUCUCCUGGAUGGCAGUGGAAGCCACCAACAUGUAUCUGCUCUUUGUCAGGGUGCUCAACGCCAAUGUAUCCAACUUCCUGCUCAUCGCCUCCAUCCUAGCCUGGGGUCUCCCGCUUGUGGUUGUGAUCAUUAUUCUGGCUGUUGACCACACCAACUACAUGACCGCUGACUAUUGUUUCCUGCGUCCAGAUAACGCCCUCUACUUCGGCCAAAUCCUUCCGAUUGGCCUGGUACUCAUCUACAACUUUGUCGUCUUCACGCUGGUCAUGCGCCAGCUGACCUGCGCCCGCAAGAGCAUCAAGAGCUCCACGGAUCGCACCCAACGCCAGGAAGUGACGCGCCGUCUGCAGAACGCCUUAGCCAUCUCGGUCCUGCUAGGCUUGACCUGGGUCUUUGGUCUGCUCUCCCUGGUCCAGACGGCCAACUUUGCCUUCCAGGUCCUGUUCUGCAUCUUCAAUUCCCUGCAGGGCCUGAUGAUCUUUCUCCUGUUCUGCGUGCGCCAGCAGGAAAUACGCCAGGCGUGGUGGAAGUUCUUGACCUGCCAGUGCCGCAAGGACCGGGCCGCUGAUUACUCCAAGGGGACGGGGAGUAAGAGUAGACAGCGUGAUUCUCACGGCCAAGGCACCAUACCACUCACUCACCAGAGUACCAACAGCACCAACACCAGCUAGAUGACUGACAACGAAACGGGGCCUGAUUGGCCAUUGUGGGACCAGUGAGGGCGCUGUAUUAAACAAAAUAAAUUCUGGGAACAAACAGGGGUGCGUUUUGGCGGUCAUAACCAAGAAUUGGUUCAGUUGUUUCUUGUCAGUGAAUUUCUGCGGGAAUUUUAAAUGGACGAGAAUUACUCACGGUACUGCAAUACUCAAACCCCCAAAACCAUUAGCCAAAGAGAAACAACCGAACCAAUUCUUGGUUAUGACCGCCAAAACGCACCCCUGUAUGGAUAAAAUUGUUUAUUCACGACUUCACUCUUAACAUUGCAAACCAUUUUAGAAAUGGACGUUUUGAUACAGCAGCAUGAAAACUGAUGUCACUUCACACUUAAAAAAUUGCCAUUAAAUUUGAAAGAAACCACAGUGUUUAGUCUGGUAAAGCUUUGUGGGCACAUGUGGUCUAGCGGUGGAGCACAAGAUUCAUGAUCGUGAGGUUGUGGGUUCCAGCCCCGCCGUGGCCAUGCGUGUUGUGCCCUUGAGUAAGGCGCUUUACCUCAAUUACUCCUCUCAACCCAGGUG